AUAAAGAUAGGAUUCUCUGAUCUUAUUUUGCCACCAGCUACUAAGUUGAUGCUACAGACUUUGAUCACGCUUCCUAUGUUGCGACCCGAAUUUUUCGCAAAAGGGAUUCUUUCUAGAUCAGCCAUUAAUGGUGUGCUUUUAUUUGGUCCACCUGGAACUGGCAAAACCAUGCUGGCCAAAGCAGUCGCAAAAAGCUCUGGAGCCAAAUUUAUGAAUGUUGCGCUUUCCAAUGUUCUUGACAAAUAUGUUGGUGAAGGCGAAAAAAAUGUGCGUGCAGUGUUCACACUGGCACGUAAGCUUGCUCCGUGUGUUGUAUUUCUUGACGAAGUUGACGCUCUUUUUGCAGCUCGUAGAAAUGAUGGGAGUAGCUCGAGCCGUCGUGAAAUCAUGAACGAAUUUAUGGCUGAAUGGGAUGGACUCAGCUCUAACAACAAUGGUGUUAUUGUUCUUGGAGCAACCAAUCGUCCGUUUGAUCUUGAUGACGCCAUUCUUCGUCGUAUGCCUCGUCGAAUUCUCAUCGAUUUACCAAGCGAAGAAGCUCGCGCAUCUAUUCUGACUCGUUUGCUCAUGGAUGAAUUGCUGGAUAGCAGUGUCGAUAUCCCAUUUCUUGCAAAACGCACUGCACUUUAUUCUGGAUCUGACCUUAAGAAUUUGUGUAUUGCUGCAGCAUUGGCUCGUGUUAAAGAGUCUGUUGUUAGAUCGCUUCUUCAAACCGAUAGUAACACAACCGUCACUGCAGAGCAUCAUUUUUCACAAGAAUCGGAGCCAUUGACGAGUGCACACUUUGAGGUUGCAUUUGCCGAGGUUCCUCCGUCUUUAACAGAUGAAAUGCAGACACUGGUAGAGCUUCGUAAAUGGGACAAACAAUUUGGGGAUGGAUCAGCUCGACAUAAUGCCAAAAAGACUCGAGGAUGGGGAUUUGACUUUGUUGAUUCAGGAAAGCAUGUAUCUCCAACACCCGGAGUAUAAUAGAUAUUUGUUAGGAUUAUUGUGUGAAAUAGAAUGUCAAAUCCAGAAUAAAUGCCAGUGAAUACCAUUGUGAUUUUG